UUUUAUCAACGUUGAGUUCUGCUUCCUCAACCAACCGCAUUAAGUAAAAAAAAAUAUUAAAAUCGAAAAUUAUAAAAAUGCAAGCAAAUUUAAGUAAAACUUUAUGCAAUUUAUUACAAAAAAGUAACACCUGGUCCAGAUGUUAUUCAACCAAGGCAAAAACAGUCGGCCAAGUUGAGUCAAUGGCGCAAUCCAUAAGUGAUAAAGGAUUCCUAAGACCUCACAAAGCUUAUGAGGCUCCCUCCAAUGUCGCCGAAAAGGUACAGGCCAUAUGCGCCACUUUGCAAAUGUCCAACAAACAGGAUUACAGUCUUAAAAGUCUAGAGGAGAAAUUUAAAUUUUUACAGGCCUGUUUCAACGAUUUCCAACACAGUGUACCCAACUCUCAAGUGCAUGAAGUGAAGACUGUGGGUGAUGUUAUUAAGUUUUAUGAAACUUCUGUUAAUACUACUGUGCCAUACGAUGCUCUGAAACAAAUGCAACUACCCGAAAAUUUGCAUAUCCAAUAUGAUUAUGUGAGAUUCAAUCCCGAAAAGGAUACCAAGUUUAAUGGACAAACUGCAUUCCCCAAGAGUUCUACUCUGGUGACCGGUCUUAAAUAUCGCGGCAAAUAUGACGGUCAUGAAGCUAAACGUUCAUGGCCUUAAGAGAAAAAUACAACAUAAUUUGCGUUA